UUUUUAUGCUGUUUGAAGCUCUGUUGUGGUCCUUCCCUUGGUUCCAGUUUGGUGUAGUCACGCGACUUGCGUGUCUCCAUGAUUUUCCCCUGAAUUGGGUUAUCAAUGUGGGAGCUCUCUGAGUAUUUGAGUUUCUCUGUGCAUGAGCAUUUUCUCCCGUCAUUUCAGUGCUUUAGGAGGAGGAGGAGGAGCAGAAGGGGAGUGAUAGGGUUUCUCUUUAGUAGCUGCCAAAAUGCGUUCUUUCGUGGUGUGAAAAUUUGAUGGGCGGUCUGUAUUGCGUAUAAACCCCUCGUUUCGGAAAUUUUUGAAGGGGAGCUAAGAAUUACUUGUUUCUCCAUUCUGGUUGUGCAUUGUAUGCUUGCUUGAGGGCGUUUAUGGUUUCGCUCAUUCAUCCCGGAGGAGGUAGUCGUUUCGUAAGUUCAAGGAAAGGUGACGAAGGCCUCUCUUGUGGAAGGGGGUUAAGUUCUGUGAUUCACGAGUGGACAUGACAACAUUGCAGUCUCAGAUCGCUAGGGGGAUAGCAGUAGCAUCCUCCUGCCCAUCUUCAUCCAUUAUAGGAAGGAGUAAGCUUUCUCAGGGAGCUCAUUCCCAAGCUUGGCUUAGCGGAAAUAAUACCGAUCAGUGGCAUGGAAGCGCGUUCUCACUCUUUGCCGGGCCUGCUCGGGAGCAGAGUAGUGUACAACGAUCUACAACGAUGACUGUGUGUGCAACUAGUAACGGUGUGAAUGGAGGUUCAACUCCAGUCGAUACUACCAUAAGCCCCCGGGUAGCAGCCUUAAAACCAUCGAAGACUAUGGCCAUUGCAGAUGCAGCCACUGCUCUGGUGGAGUCCGGUGUUCCUGUUAUAAGACUGGCAGCCGGGGAGCCAGACUUCGACACCCCGAAGGCAAUAGUAGAGGCCGGAACAAAAGCAAUUCAAGAGGGCUUCACUAGGUACACUCCAAAUGCAGGCACUCUAGAGUUACGAAAAGCUAUUUGUCACAAAUUGCAAGAGGAAAAUGGGUUGUCCUACAAACCUGAUGAGAUUCUAGUUAGUAAUGGCGCCAAGCAAAGCAUUAUGCAAGCUGUACUCGCCGUAUGUUCCCCUGGUGAUGAGGUUAUUGUGCCAGCUCCUUUCUGGGUCAGCUACCCUGAGAUGGCACGUUUGGCAGACGCAACGCCCGUCAUUGUUCAAACUAAGGUGUCGGAAAAUUUCAUAUUGAAGCCAGAAGCACUGUCUGCUGUAUUGACUGAGAAAUCCAGAGUUUUGAUCUUAUGUUCUCCAUCAAAUCCGACAGGCUCAGUAUAUACCCUUGAAGAUCUGCAGGCAAUUGCUGCAAUUGUUGCAAAACAUCCGCGUUUGCUGGUGAUCUCUGAUGAAAUCUACGAGCACAUCAUGUACACUCCAGCAACGCAUCAUAGCUUUGCAGCAUUGCCGGGAAUGUGGGAACGUACUCUUACAGUUAAUGGUUUCUCUAAGUGUUUUGCGAUGACUGGUUGGCGAUUGGGAUAUUUAGCAGCUCCGAAACACUUUUUGGUGGCUUGCAACAGAAUUCAGAGUCAGUCAACUUCUGGAGCAAGCAGCAUUUCUCAAAAGGCUGGAGUAGCAGCAUUGGCCCUGGGCAAAGCAGGAGGCGAAGAUGUAGUGACAAUGGUGAAAGCUUUCAGAGAGCGAAGGGACUUUCUGGUACAACGUCUGCAAGCUAUGGAUGGUGUUGUACUUGCCGUUCCUCAGGGAGCCUUCUACUUGUUUCCAGAUUUCAGUGCUUACUUUGGGAGUCACGCUGAUGGAUUUGGGUUUAUUUCUGAUGCUGAAACUCUAUGCCGUUUCUUUCUAGAAAAAGCCAAGGUAGCUCUAGUCCCAGGAGACGCUUUUGGCAACGGUGGAUGCAUCCGAAUAUCAUAUGCAGCGUCCAUGGAAGAACUGAAAACGGCCAUUGAGAGUAUUGAGUCUGUUAUGGCUCUGCUUAAACCUGCAUCAGCUGCCUCCCUUGCUUAGUAAACGGCAUCAGAAGUAAACAGAUAGAGCUCUCCCAUUAUUUAUCGAAGUGUCAGAAUAAGGAGUAGUGAUACUUAAAAUGUUUCAUUUUUAAAAGCACCCGUCAGGUUGAGGGGUAGCUAAGCAUCACUGAAUCCACAGUCAGUCCCUCGACCAUCACUUCUAUGUCCCAUCUCCAAACUCUCAUUCAAGAUUAACCCAUCAUAAAUAUAUAAAUGUGAUUCCUUUACAUGAAGAUAAGUUCUGGUAUAAUCCAGUAAAUCA